AUGCAUGGUGGCUUGGUCAAGGAUGCGCCGAUCCCGGAAGUCACGCAAUACCACAAGUGGCGUACCGAGGGACGUCUAGGAUACAAGCACGCACCCGACAAAGGUGCCGUGGUUCCUGUGACGUACAUUCACACGGGCAUGGACCGCGCGGAGCAUAAGGAACGCGGUGAACGUCCGUUGGUCCUCCUUCUCACAGGAUCACCAGGGCAGUAUCAGGACUUCAGCUACACCAUCCCUUUCCUGGACAGGCAUGGCGCCGACGUACUGUGCUUGAACUGGCCCAACUUCGCCUUCACCAAACAGACUGGCUACUGGUGGCACAGUGGUGAGGAGAAAGCCCACCUUGCCAUCGAUUUCCUCAAGAAGCUCGACAUAAAAGAGGUCGACAUGCUGGUAAGCCACAGUUCGGGAGCUUAUCCGGCGGUGCAUAUGACCGCCGAGCAAUCCGACGUCCACGUUAAGUCACUGGCUCUCCUCAUGCCCACCACAGGCUCAGACGUCAGAGCUCUGAGAAAAUUCCUGGUGUAUAACGAAACGGCCGACUGGAUGCUUCGGAGUAUGCACGGUUUAUCUAUGCUUACCACACUCGUCAAGUGGAGCAUGGUGCUGAGCAAGCACCCUAUGAAGCGUGAAAUGGACGAUGUCUUCUUCGCCUACCUGUCUACCUCAGGCGUCAAGGACGACAGGUAUGCCCAGCAACUGGAAACACUGCGCGAACAGGGCGUGCCCAUGGUCGUGAUGGUCAGCGGCACGGACAAACUCAUCUCUGUUGAGAACUACCAGAACUUUCUGCGCAGACUGGGCCACGAUCCCCAAAGAACGUGGCUUUACGACGGCACAGGAAAACUCAUCAGCCGAGGCGAGCCCGGCGUGGUGAAGGUAAUCGAGAUGACAAAGGGUUCUCACUAUGCCUUCAGCCGCCACUCUCAUAUCUGCAACCAAGCGUUGCUCGAGUUGUUGUCCAGGGCCCCGCUUUACCCGAAGCGCUUUCGUAUCUAGGACGCGGACACCGAAUUCGUCGGCGAUGGCUGCGACUCGCGAAUUUAGUGAUUACCGCUGCAUUGCUUUUGCGAAUAUUUUUGUUCAG